AUGGAGGGCAGCCUGGAGCAGCUCAGUCUGGGGAGUCGGUCUGAAGGAUGGGGAGAUAAGGAGUCUGUGGCCGAGCUCCGGGAGCUGGCGGUGAAAUGGUUCAUGGAGACGCAGGCUCCGGUCAUCCUGCAGAACGGGGUGCUGCCCCCCUGGUUCCACGGCUUCAUCACCCGCAAACAGACGGAAGAGCUCCUCAGAGACAAAGCUGUGGGCUGCUUCCUCAUCCGCCUCAGUGACCAGGCCACGGGCUACAUCCUGUCCUACAGGGGCAGCGAUCGCUGUCGCCAUUUCAUCAUCAACCAGCUGUGGAACCGGCGCUACCUGGUCUCUGGGGACACCCUCAGCCACCGCACCCUGGACGAGCUGGUGCGCCAUUACCAGGAGGUGCAGUUCGAGCCAUUCGGGGAGACCCUGGCUGCUGCGUGCCCCCGGCUGGAGGACAAGGAUGUCUAUGAUGCUGUCACCCUGGGCCUCCAUCAGCCCAGCGUGGGCCCGGGCAGUCCCUCAGCUCUAGCGUCCCCUGUGGUGGCCCCCGACAAGCCGCCCAGCCCACGGCCCCCUGCCAAACCCCAAGUGUCCUUCCUACACUCCAAGAAGAGCGUGGAGGCCAGUCCUCAGGCGCUGGCCAAGGAGGAGAGCGUGGAGGCCUCCACCAGGAUGCCCCAGCUCCCCGAGAAGAGCGCCUCUCUAUUGGAGGAGCCUCUUGCUGGUCCCAAUGACAUCAUCUACGUAGACAUAAGAAAAAUGAACCGCGCACGACCAGGCCCAAGCCCGGAGAUGUCCAGCAAACAUGGGUCACUUCCAACUGGUAGCCAGGCCUGCUCUCCUGGCCGAGAGACCCUGAGAAAACUUCCAGAUGGAGACCAGAACAAGGCCGAGGGCCCAGACCAAGGUCAUCCAGCGUCUCCUGCGUCCUCAGGAUUCGUUCUGCCCCCCAGCUACAAGGCCCUGGGGCCCCAGGUGGCUACAACCUGGAGGCACAGGUUUCUGAAGAUGAGUCCGGAGGCCCAGCCCAGCCCGGAGGACGGCUCUGCAGAUGCCUAUGAGCUGGUGCAGACGGGCGGCCUCCAGCAGGCCUGGGACCCGGCAGGUCACAGAGGCUGUACCUACGAGCAGAUUCCAGCCUGCUGGAGUCCCCCUGCCAGGCAGCCCCAGCUUCCAGCCAGUACCCCCUACAGCAAAGUGUCAGAGCCCUCGGACUGUGGCUAUGAGAGGAUCUUUGGGGCCCCAGGGGUCCCUGGGCCUGGAAAUACCUACGAGCAAAUCCCAGCAGACAAGGCCAAACAGUCCAGCCGGAUAUCCAAGCCUGACAAACUCCGGAGACUGUUUGAAAAGAAACACAGAUUCUGAUGCAGGCCCAG